GGUGUUUGUCGUGGGCAGGGCAGUUUCUCCGUUUCUUGGCGAAAUGGCGUGGGCAUACCCAACUACCAAUCAUAAGGGACAGCCCACAUCAAUUUACGGGCUAUACUAAUUGGGCUAGAAGAUGUACAAAUUCUUUGAUGUCUGGAGUUUACACUUUCCCCAGGGCCCAGGGGUAGUAUGGUGUACCAUAACGCCUGACCACUGUUCUGGGGUCCUUUCCUUUCCCUUCACGUGAUUCUGAGUUUAUCAGUACCACAGCUGCCCCUCAGCAAUUACAUGCGUUGUCACGUACCGUUCGCUUCCCCCUCUCACCAUCACUUUGUGUUCCACCCAGUCUUCGCUUCGCCCAAGUAAAGCAAUGAAACUGACCAAUCAAACAAUCAAAAGAAACACAGCAAACAGUGCAAAUUGUUGAGCCCUCCCCUCGCAUUCUGUUUUCUUCCGCAGACAAUGUUCCUUCAGGAGAUGCUGGUUUUUCUUGCAUUAUUUAGCGUGGUUGCUUCUUCUUCAACCGUUCCUUCUCCUCAAGCCGUCUUGAACUCCUCGUCGUUUUCUGAUGUCGCCGCUCUUCUGGGUUUCAAGUCUAAGGCUGAUUUAAGAAACCACCUUGGUUUCUCUCAAAAUGCAAGCUCCCAUUUUUGUGAAUGGCAAGGAGUUACAUGCUAUGAGAAAAAAGUGGUGCGUCUCAUUCUCAAAGACCUAGAUCUCGGCGGGGUUUUCGCCGCCAACACUUUGUCUCUCCUCCACCAGCUCCGAGUCCUGAGUCUCCAGAACAACUCGCUCACUGGACCCAUUCCUGAUCUCUCUGGACUCCUCAGCCUCAAAAUCCUGUUUCUGGACCACAACCAUUUCACGGGUUCUUUCCCUCUUUCGAUUUUGUCCUUUCACAGGCUUAGGACGCUUGAUUUAUCCAGUAAUAAUCUCACCGGCUCGAUUCCCAGCUCGUUAAAUUCUCUAGAUUCGUUAUAUUAUCUUCGUUUGGAUUCAAAUCGGUUCAAUGGAACAAUUCCUCCGCUGAACCAAUCCUCUCUCGAAACCUUCAAUGUUUCAGGCAACAAUCUUACCGGUGCCAUCCCGGUGACCCCUACGUUGCUCCGAUUUGGGUUGUCUUCCUUUUCAUUAAACCCAGGUCUCUGCGGUGAGAUCAUCCACAAAGAAUGCCACCCGAGGCCGCACUUUUUUGGUCCCACGGCUGAGGUGGCGGCACCACCCCCAAAGGGGGUGCUAGCGCAGACUGCGGACGUGCACGGCGUCGAUUUGGAUCAAUCCAAUGCGAAUAAACACAAGAGAACAGCAAUAAUCAUUGGGUUCUCAACUGGGGUUUUUAUUCUUAUUAUCGGCGCACUCCUCUGUUUUGUAACGACCGUGAAAAAACAGAGAAACCAAAAGGAACAGACGGAGACGGCCAUACCCACAAUAGAACGGGAUGCAGUGACCACGGCGGAAGUUGCAGCGGCGAUUCAGAUGGAGCAGGAGAACGAGUUGAAAGAGAAAGUGAAGAGAGUGCAGGGAAUGAAAGUAGCCAAGGGUGGGAAUCUGGUAUUCUGUGCGGGAGAGGCGCAGCUCUAUACGCUGGACCAACUGAUGAAAGCGUCGGCGGAGUUACUAGGGCGAGGCACAAUGGGGAUCACAUACAAGGCAGUGCUGGAUAACCGUCUGAUCGUGACGGUGAAGCGGCUGGAUGCCGGAAGAUUAGCCGGCACAUCGAAGGAGAUGUUCGAGCAGCACAUGGAAUCGGUGGGUGGACUCAGGCACCCCAAUUUGGUCCCACUUAGGGCUUAUUUCCAGGCUCAUGAAGAAAGGCUUCUCAUCUACGAUUACGAACCCAAUGGCAGUCUCUUCUCCCUCAUCCACGGUUCAAAAUCCACAAGGGCAAGGCCACUCCACUGGACCUCAUGCUUGAAGAUAGCAGAGGACGUAGCACAGGGCCUGGCUUACAUCCACCAAGCAUGGAGGCUCGUCCACGGCAAUCUCAAGUCCUCCAACGUCCUCCUCGGUCCCGACUUCGAAGCCUGCAUUGCUGACUACUGCCUUACGGCUCUUACCCCUUACCCACACGAAGACGAUACCAACACCACCGCAUAUAAAGCCCCGGAAUUGGCCCGAAUUUCCGACCGCCAAGUAACGUCUAAAUCCGAUGUUUAUGCAUUUGGAAUUCUGUUGCUGGAGCUUUUAACAGGAAAACCUCCAUUAGAGCACCCAUUUUCGACACCAGAAGAGGUGGCGAAUUGGGUGAGGUCCAGUAGGGAAGAGAACGAAAGGGGAAUGGAAAGUCUGGGAAUGUUGGUUGAGGUGGCUGUUGCUGCUUGUUUGAACUCUCCCGAACAGAGGCCGACAAUGUGGCAAGUACUAAAGAUGUUACAAGAGAUUAAAGAAACUGUAUUAACUGAGGAUGGUGAAUUGGACCCACAUUCCUCGAUGUCUUAAAUUAAAUUAGUAAAUAGUGUAGUUGCCUACAGGUUUUUUGAAUGCUGAGUAAUUAUGUUUGAGGAAAAAAUUGUUUUGUGCUGCUAGCUCAAUGGUAACACAUGUCAUCAUCCUGUUGCCUUACGUCCACAAUAUCUCUUUACGAUAACUUUAUGUUUCUUGGUUGCAGAUCACCUUACCCAUCGAUCCCAGUAACUGUAUAUACUAGCUAGGCUCAUUAACUAUAUAGUCUUGUUGCUUUCUGUGGCAAAUACCGACAAAUUUUCUUGGCAGUCAUCAUUUAUGGCUCAUUGCAUCAGAGGGUGAGAUGAAGAGAUGCCGAAAUGGUCCUUAUCGCACGCAAGGGAGCAUUGAUGAGUGUUUGUAAUUGACUAGGAGACGGUGGUCCUUCCCUUCGAUGGAGUGUGGAUGAUAAGACUUGUAGUUGUGAUUUGGAAAUGGGGGUGUGGGGCCUCAUCCCUUCUUAU